AUGGUGCUCCUCAUUGUUUUCAAAUCUUCCCUUCUCGGUCCGCUGUCCUUCGACUGGGACCACGAUAUCUAUGAGGCAUGUCCAGCCUGUGUCCGUGCCCACGAGCUCAGAACCUGCGAUGGCAAGACGAAAGUCACUUUUGAGACUUGCCAGAAACACAGAGAUGCUGCCGAUACUCAAGCCGAAUCCACAGCCUUGGAGGACGCAGUCCUGAAGGAGAUCCGCUCCCUUGUCCACCCACUCUACUCACCUAUCCCAACAUUCCCCGUCAUCACAAGCACGAUCACGGCCAAGUCAAAAGAAGACCUGCGCAAGAAGGUCAAGGUCACCACGGUAACCGAGCACCAGCACCAGCACACCGUCGUCUCCCGUCGGGGUGUCCACGCCCCGGCGACGAGAGGCAAUGGUCGCGACAUCUCAGGCAAGGCUACCGCUAGGGAGAUGGACCAGCCGUGGCCCGAGAUCAAGUACGCUCAUGGCGGCGGCUGUAUCUACUCCCCCGAGCCGGAGGUGGUGCUCAAGCCGAGAGCGGCGGUGGCGGUCAUGGAUCAGUACGCGAGGGAGAAGCUGAGGAACAUCACGGCAUUGCUGGACAGCGGCAUUACUUGCACCCUGGGACCCCAACUCGACGUCGAGCCGGAUGCGGACAUGGAUUCUCGGUUUGGCGCGGGCACUCAAGGUUCACUACGCCCCGGCCCGGGCUCCUCUGGUUCUACUUGCGUCGCCGCCGCCGCCGCCGACGACGAGUCUACCCUUAGCCCAGCGACACUUAUGCUCCGCGCCAUCAACGCCGCCGCUGCCGCCGAGGCCCGGGCGUUGCUUGUCGCCGAAAAGGAGCGACUUGAGGCCUGUCUCGCGACCAGCGCCCUCGCCAAGGGUUUGUACUUUAAGCGGUGCAAUGGGCAGUGCGUCAAUGCGCUGGGUGAUGUGCUUGUGGGCGACCAAGUCCCAAACGGACGCAAAGCGAAGGAAGAAGAGGUUACGAAGAAGGAUGAUCAAUCUGCAAGCACCUGCAAUGAUGCCAGUGCCAAAGCCCAUCCUGCCCUAUUUAAUUCCCACCCACAGGACCAUUUGCACGUCGGGGAAGGAGUCGAAGUCGAAGUCCAAGUCGAGGCAGAGACAGAGUCAUCAACAUUGACCAGGACAUCUACACCGAGCGUGACGACCCCAAGAAGCGCCACACCAUCCCUAGACACGAGCAUUUCGCCGACCUCCUCUCCUGGAAGUCCUGAUUCACCCACCACCACCACCAACAGCAGCAGCAGCAGCAACGACAACGACAACUGCAUAACCACCUCCACGACCAGCGGAACCCUCGAAGACCUCAAGCCCAAAGUCCCACCACGACGACGAGUCGACCCGGACCCGUACCCAUCCCCACCGCCAUCCCCGCCCACCAAGUUCUCGAACAACUCGAGCUACGGGUAUGGGUAUGGGUAUGGGUAUGGCUACGCCGUCCUCCCCAAUGACGAUAGCACACAUGGCCUCUUGAAACCAGGCACCCAAACUGCUUCCUCACCGACCUCGACCUCAAUCUCCCCUUUUACCUCCCCUUCCUCCACCACCGGUACAGGUGGUUCAGCUGGUCCAAUCCGCUUCCCUCCCCCCGAACAGCCCUCAUUCACAUACGCCAUGCUCCAAGCGCGCGAACAACUCGUCCGCUCGGGACAAGUCACAGACGAGAAUCUCUGCUCGGUGAGUUGGGGGUAUAACGGCAUCAUCUCGGGGACGCAGGCACUGCAGGGAUGA